AUGUGUGAAUGUGAAGCAGUCGUGAACGCUAGACCUCUAACCUACAUUUCAGAUGACCCAAACGAUCUUACAGCGCUCACCCCGGCUAUGUUUUUGCGCGCCCAAGAAGAGGUCGGCACGCAUGAUAUUGACGAGAUAGAUCGGAACUCUCUGAUACGUAGUGCGCGAAAUCAACAAAGAUUGCGAGAACAUCUGCGUCGACGUUUUAGACUAGAAUACCUUGGACAAUUAAAAGUUUUUGUUAAAAAGACUGCUAAUUUGCCGAUUAAAUUAGGAGAAAUUGUUUUAGUCGAAAACGAUAAUCUUAAACGCGUAGAAUGGCCAAUGGGACGUGUUAUAGAAUUAAUACCGGCUCCAGACGGGUAUACUCGGUUAGUGCGGAUUAAGACUGUACGAGGCGAACUACUUCGCGCGAUGCAGCGUUUGUUUCCCCUAGAAUGCACUAGUAAGACCCCACCAACGGAUAAUGCAUGCAUCGUUGAGGAGGACUCUGGAAUUUCUGGACCUAUAAACCCACAACAGGAGGUACUGCCUGGUCGCCGAUACCGAGCUCAUCAAGGAGAUGCGGAAAGUGAUGACAGUGCGGGAGUGUAUAAAAGCAGAGUACCCGUUCAAAAUGUGCGUUUCACGCGGAGUGGUAGAGAGAUAAAAAUACCCACCCGCUAUAUAGAUCAGUAUUCUUAG